CCUCUCCUUAACGAGCAAUCUGCCGUUUUCUUCUCCACAUGGUCAUCGGAAAUUUUGUCUCCAUCAAACAAGUAUUGGUUUUCGGAUGUAUCUUCUCUAUCUUUAGCAGUACUAUUCCAGAUUUUUAAGGAAGAGCUCAUCGGAAGACGUUAUCAAGGGGCCACACUUAUUUGAGUAAUUUGAGUUCAGCCGUUAACAGAUACUAAGGGUAAGGCCAAGGCCUAGGAAGAUGACGAGGGAGUGGAACGCGUGCCAAGAUGAGUUAACGGGAACGACCUUGGUGGCUUCUAGCUAGAUAAUAUUUGGUUUCAGUAUUUCAGUGUUAUAAUAAAGUGACUUAUAUUACUUUAUUUUUUUUAUUUGAGGAUUUGAAGUUUUAGCAAAUUCCUGGAUCCAGGUGGUUAUCACAUUUAAUUUGCUGGUGAUAAUUAUAUUUUAUUGAGUUCUUAUCAAGAGUUAUAUUUUAAUUAUUUUUGAGAUUUUAUCAGGGUUAUUUUCUUAAAUAGACGGCCGUUAAUUGUAGUUAUUUUUAAAAGUAGUAAGUUAGUGUAACGAUUCCUUUAACCCUGAGAGGGGCGUUACAAUUUGGUAUCAGAGCCCAGGUUGUCCCGUAACUUCAUUUGUCAUCGUUCACGUGCUCGUCAUCUUCCAAGUAAGUACUUAUUUAUGCUAAAAGUUAUCUAUGUGAAAGUAUGUUUGAGUGUUGUUGGUAUUAGUUAGAUAGAAAAGUCAAGUAAGAUUAUUAUAUACUCAACUCGUAAAACCUUUGUGUCAUUACAAGCUAGUCAGAUUAAAUUUUAUUCGAGCUCCUAUACUCUUGAGUUAGGUCUUCUAUUUCAUUUUGGAAGUACAUAGGGCUGUUAGCUAAAACACCAUCGUUCUAGUCACAUCUCUCAAAAUCACGUAUUUGCGGUUUCUCCACUUUAGCCUAUGUUGAUCUUUCAUAGAGAAUAUUUUCUCAUAGAGGUUACUCAUGAUUAAAUUCGAGUUAAUUAAAAAAAAAGAGUGUCAUAUAGUCUUUAUUUUCUCACGAUUAAGUAAUUGAAUUACGUCACAUUCAGUGGUAAUCCAACUAUCUUUGUAUAUAGCUUGUAGUUUAUUCAUGGUCCAAGUCUUAUUAGUUAUUUUUAAAAAUAAUAAUGAGUUUGUCUCAUAUUUUUUUAAAGCAUUACAUGUAAGUGAAUUUACAUGAGAUGAAGAAUUUUCAUAAGCAUGCAAAUCAGUUUGUUAUGUAUUUUAUUUAUUUAUUUAUUGAAAAAUAAAAAAAAAACGCUCAUGCUUUUUACAUUAUCUAAUUAUUUAAGAGUUAUAAGUUAUAGCUUAUUUUUGUGUGUGUAAAAUGUUGGAGCUUCACCUUGAAUUUCGAAAGUUCUUAAAUAGUGGAGUUAAAUUUUUAUCAACCGUUUCAGAAGCUCCAUGAUUUUCUAGAGUAUUGAGCAUUGGUAUCUCAAGUUUGGAAUCUUGAGUUGCUGAGAGGGCCCCUCAUCAAUUUGAUGAUUCCAAUAGGAGAUACCGGUGAUCGGACACUGCUUUAAAAUGAUCAAUGGUCAGAUUAUACAUUUCUUUACGUUGUAAAUGCUUAUUUCAAAAUAAGUUUUAAAGUGUGUUGAUUAAUCAUUUAAUGCGUUUAGUGAUUAAUGAUUAAUCACAUGGCAGUGACUAUUUACCAAAAUUCAAAUAAGUAAAUUUUUUGAAGUGAUAUAUUAGUAUAGUAUUUAGCUAUUUCCUCAAAAGUAUGUUUCAGAAGAAAUUUAGAUUUUUAAAACGUCUCAAAGAAAUCUUCAGAGUAUUCUUUGCUUUUGGCACUGAGAUUUAAACAGUGUUGUACAUUAUUUUUCCAAAGGUCUUCCUCGUUUUUUUUUCAUUUGGUUACCAAAAAGAUAUUGAGUCUCACUACUUAAAUUCCUUUAGAAAGAUCUGCCAUUAAAGUCUUUAUACGUGAUUCAAAAGUUUUUAGUAUUAUUAGAUUCUUAAAAGUUAGAUUAUAAGAUGUGAGUGGAAGGAUCAAAUUGAACCACCAGUCCCUGGUGAACCAUGUUUUAUGACCUGCUGCACGCGAUAUAGGGAUUUACGAAGUGAGUGUCAAUACAAUAUGAUCUAGAAUAUGAAGAUUUCAAUAGAAUAAAGAAUAUGCAUUGGUACCAUCGAGCUCUCUUAUAGCCAUUAUGUACGAGUAUUUGUAGACAGUUUUCCAAUGAGCUCGUGCUGGUAGUUGGUAUGUUCUUUGAGUAAUAGAAGUAUGAGUGAGAAUAAAGAUUAUAAAGAGUUUGGCACCUCAAACAAUUCUUUUGUUAUGAGUUAUCAGCAACUCUAGGGCUUGAACCCCAAUAGUUGAGUAAAUUAUAAAUUAUAUAAUGUGAAUCUUUUAUGGAGUAAAUUAUUGUCAGUCAAAGUCAAGAAUAUAUGAACCCAGUAAGAAGAGUCUAACUAUGAAGUUUAGAUUUUCUUUUGAAAGAUAUUAGUUUAGAUCCUGUAAGCAGCUUAUUAGAUCCUUCGAUGAAUUUAUUACUUCUAUUUGGAUACUAAAGAGCAAAAAAAAAAAUUGAGAGUUUGUGUAUAGUAAUAUUAAACAAGUAUUGAGUUACCUGAUUUUUAGGGAAAAACGUCUCUUCUAAAAUCUAAGUAAGUCUUGGAUAAGGCCUCAUUCGAUUUAUUCAGUUGAUAUGGUUGUUAAUUAUUUUUCACUCUUGUGAGAAAUUAUGUAUUACGGUUUGACGACCUUAUUGUUUCAUAAAGGUAUGAAAACUUUACCACUAUAAGAGAGCAGUAUUUGCAAAAGAAAAUAGUUAGGAGAUAAAGGUUUAGAAGAAAUAACUAUCGAUUUUGAAGAGCUUAAAGAAAGUUUACAAUUGAACUAUUAUUCUGGGUCGUGUAGACUACUUUUUUGAAUAUAUCACAUUUCGAUUAGUGAAGGGAUGAAAGGUUUAAUUGAGAGAGGAAAAAAAAUAGUAUUUUAUUUAAUCUUUCUACUACUGAAUAGGAAGCUAAGAGAUUAGAAUUAUAAAGUCAUUAGUGAAACAAAAAAAAUGCCUGUUGACAAAUUUUUAGUGUCAGACAUUUAUGUGCUGGACAAUGUCAGUUUUUGUUAAACAGAACAUUUAUGAUAUCUUUUGUUUAAGAAAAAUGAAAAUUUGAAACUAAGCAAAUAAUUUAUUUUUUUUGAUGUUGACAUUUUAAUGUCUACCCACUUACUGAUUUUCUAGAGGUAGUCCAAGAAGAUUUAGUUACAAAACUUAUAAUAUAACUUGUUCACAAAAGACUUAUCCACCGGAAGAUUUUUCCUCUAGAUAUUAAGACUAUUAGCUUCAAUUAAUCAAUUGUGUUCAAGGAUUGAGGGAGACUGGUGUUCAUCUUAUUAGGAAUAACUGUUCUUUUCAAGAUCAAAUUUUAAGAUAAAAGAAAAUUCUAAUUAUAAGUUAGAUUCAACUUUCUUGACUAGUUCAAUAUAUUAAUCAAUGAAGUUAUAGUUCGGUUACAGAGGUACAGAACCAUAAGAAAGUUUUUCUUUUGAUGAAAAGAUAAUUUUGAAAUGCUUGAGUGGAUAAAAGAAAAAGAGUUUAGUAGUUUAAUCUAUUUUAGGCUUUAAAAAAAAUUCUUUUGAUAUAAUAGGUAAAUCAGAUUACGGUGGAUUAUUAAAAGAAAUGAAGAUUUCUUGUUAUGCUUUAGAAAAGAAUUUUAUGUGGAGAGCCACCUUGACUACACAUAACAUAAGAAUGAUUUUUUUUUCUUCCUGAAGUUAUAAAUGAUGUGCUAGCUCUGAGUACUUUUGAUGCAUAAGAAGAAAAGAUAUCUCAAGGAUCCAACAGUAGAUAUAUAAUUCUAUGUUGGUAUCAUUAUUGAGUAUAACCAUCCUUAAUGUUUUUAGGCGUACAUAUGAGUCUCAUAGCCCUGCUAUCAUGAACGGGUUGUGUGAUGGCUAGUAUAAUAAAACGGAUUUCAUAUAAAUGAAGAUAUCACUUCGAUAAAAGCAAUAAAAUGGUGAAUGAGAAAACUUUAUUUUUCCCCACAGUGUAAACAAAUUGUGAGGAUGAACUCUUAUAACUGACACAGAAUAAAACAUUUUUCCUUAAAAGACAAGUUUGACCUAUGUAACCAUAUUGGUAGAAUAUGAAUCUAAAUUUCAUUUUAGUAGUACGAGGGGUAAGUUUUAUGACAAGGUUAAAGUUUAGUAUUGUCUUUCUUUUUCAUAAUUCUAAGCAAAGAGGUCAAACUAUUAAACUAUCUCGUGAGCUAUGAUUUUGUGUUGUAGUGCCACGAGAAAUCAGGAGAAGUGGAUUUAAAUACUAAGAGUUUUCUUAGUAUUUGUGUUGGUCAUUAUAUGAAAUAAUUGUGUGUUUUGCCAAUCGUGGAAAAUUGAUCAGUUUAGUAAUAAGAAGAAAAGUCAGUGCAAACUUCUCGCAUUUAAGUUAUAUAUGCUCACGAAAUAAAUUAAGUAAUCUGGUGAAAGGUAUAAAGCUAUUACAGUUGUACUAAGGCCAAGUGAAGGGCCCAGGUUGAAAUAAUAUGGCACGUCGUUAUCUCGAGAUGUUUUAAGUUUCGAGGACGAAACUUUUAUAAGGUGGGAGGGGUUGUAACACCCCGAUUUUUAUGAGCUAGUUAUAUUAAUCAUUAUUAAUUAUUUCAGUCAGUCAUAUACGUCUUUUAUGAUUAAUGCGAUUUAUUACUUUAUAUCAUGUGUUUUAUUUGUGGCAGGUAACGUUGACCGAUAAGCUCAAAUUAAUUUUAGUCAAUGAAAUAAGUAUGAUUUUAAUUUUUAUUUAGUAAAAUGGAAAAUACAAAUUUUCAGUUGGGUCAUAAGUACAAGUAUAUCUUAGAGGAUUAAGAGACCCAAAUCAGUUAUCUUAACCCAAAGUAGUUAUUUUGGCCCAAUUAGUUACACCGAAAUCCCUAAAAGAGGUUCAAAAUAUUUUUUUUACUUAAAACCCUUUGGUCCUCUCCUUAACGAGCAAUCUGCCGUUUUCUUCUCCACAUGGUCAUCGGAAAUUUUGUCUCCAUCAAACAAGUAUUGGUUUUCGGAUGUAUCUUCUCUAUCUUUAGCAGUACUAUUCCAGAUUUUUAAGGAAGAGCUCAUCGGAAGACGUUAUCAAGGGGCCACACUUAUUUGAGUAAUUUGAGUUCAGCCGUUAACAGGUAAGUUCACUACCACCUGUACAUGUUUGUUCAACCAAAUGCAAGAAAGAAGUCUGGUUGAUUUUUAAUAGAUAAUUUUAGACUAUUUGCUAUUAUGUGAACUAUGUGAAUUAUGUGAUGAGUUAUGUUAUUGUGAGAUUAAGUUAUGUUUAUUAUCUGGCAUAGUCAAGAUUUGUCAGUACUUUUGUUUCAGAAUUAAUGAUGUUUUUAGUCAAACGUCACCAUAAAAAGAACUAAUACUUAAAGUGAAAGAUCAGGUGAUAUGUACUCGGGAACAAGUUCCCUCAGUUUAUCAGUUAUCAGCUUAUCAGUUUCAGAGAGUCCGAUAUGUUUAGUGGGUCGCUCCCCUGAGCUGUCGGAUUGGCGCCUUUGAGUACAUAUCACGGGCCCACAGUUAAAAUUAGCCACAAAGAGUUUUACAGAAAGUUUAUGAGAUCCCCUUCAGAAAGUUUUACAGAAAGUUGUUUUUGAGAUCUCUUUCAGAAAGUUUUACAGAGAUGUUUGAGAAAGAUAUUUUGAGAUCUCUUCAGCAGUUUUGAGAAAUUAUUUUAGAAAAAUAUUUUCCUUUUGAGAUCUCGCUCAGAAUGUAUUUGAGAAGUUAUGUGUUAGUUAUUGGUUCAGUGCAUGCUUAUAGCCUAAUUUAUCUAUUGAUAAAUUGGCUUAGACUUCUAGAUAUUUUUGUGGAGCCAUAGUGACUUACUAAGCGUAAAGCUUAUCAGUUUUCUUUUUUCGCAUGUACAGAUACUAAGGGUAAGGCCAAGGCCUAGGAAGAUGACGAGGGAGUGGAACGCGUGCCAAGAUGAGUUAACGGGAACGACCUUGGUGGCUUCUAGCUAGAUAAUAUUUGGUUUCAGUAUUUCAGUGUUAUAAUAAAGUGACUUAUAUUACUUUAUUUUUUUUAUUUGAGGAUUUGAAGUUUUAGCAAAUUCCUGGAUCCAGGUGGUUAUCACAUUUAAUUUGCUGGUGAUAAUUAUAUUUUAUUGAGUUCUUAUCAAGAGUUAUAUUUUAAUUAUUUUUGAGAUUUUAUCAGGGUUAUUUUCUUAAAUAGACGGCCGUUAAUUGUAGUUAUUUUUAAAAGUAGUAAGUUAGUGUAACGAUUCCUUUAACCCUGAGAGGGGCGUUACAGCUCGAAGCAAGGGAUUCAGGAGAACUUUCCUCUCAAAUAGAAUGUGAUCCUAAACAGCAAACUUUUGCAAUCACAGUGACAAUUGAGAAGGAAAUGCAAAAGGAGAUCCCAAAUCCAGAAGAAAUACAAGAAGAAAGAAACACGGAGUUCCAGCUAGUCAAAGAAGAGAAUGAACCGAGUUUCAAGGUCCAAUAUCUGACCUUAUCAUCCUUUGAGGUCCUAGGAGUGAAAGUGUGAAGAAGAUAAACUAUCACGAUCCAAGUUUAAAUGACUGAACACAAUGAUGGCGUCGUGCAGCGACGUUAAAUAAGGCGCUUCUUGGGAGGCAACCCAUGUAAGGUACGUUUACUUUUUAUUCUAGUUUAAGUUUACACUUCAAAAAAAAAAAAAAAAAAAAAGAGGCCUGGGGAUUGAACCCGGCCCGGUAUAAAACCCAACCCGGUCGGGCCCCUUCAUAAAACACAGCACCCGGCCGAAUCACCCGGGCGAGGCAGUUGUGGAAUAGAGGAAAAAUGAACAUACCCGACCGGGUAACUUCAAUACACCCGGCCGGGCAUGUUCAUUAAAAACAUUCUGGAUAAGCGGGAGUUAGGCCCGACCGGGUCAACUUACCCCACCCGGCCGGGUCGUCGCGAAUUAUUUCACCGACUGAGCUGGCCACCCUCUUCCUCACUUCCUCUUCUGCAAACACGAACCAAACUCCGCCAAAACACCAUUUUCAAACUCCAUAUAUUUGAAUCCUCUCCAUUUCUACACCAAAUCCAUCAAAAAAAAAUCAUGCUCAUCAUCUCCUCCUCACCCUCUACAUUUCCAUACCCAUCAAACAACCCACAACCCACCAAAAAUCCAAAUCACCUUACUCCACAAACAGCAAAAGCCGAAAUUUCCUCAACCAAAAAGAAAGAAAUGACACCAAAAAGGGCAAAGAGAUUCAUUCUCUUGGACAUCUCGGACACAAGCACUAGGGACAGUGCUUUGAUUAGCAUGGGGGGAGAAUUUCAGGGAAAACUCACAUUCAUACUCUAUAUUCUUGAGUUUUUUUUUUCAAAAUAAAAAAAACACAAAAAAAAGAGAGAAUAAAGCUUGUUAAGUUGAAAACCUGAAAAGGCAACUUAAGCAAAAAUAAAGCAAAAAUAAGAGUGAGUUGUGAGGAUUGAAACAGAAAAAUGUGGGAAGCUGGGAUGAAAACCCGAAAGGGCACCUAGGCAAAAUGAGAGAAUGAGAGAAAAUAUUUUCUUUUAUUUCUGCAGGAUCCUAAGGGUAACGAAAAAAAAGAAUUGAGGUUGAUAAGAGAUAUGGGAGUUGAAGACCCCCCUUUUACUCUUAUAUUUUUGGGAUAUUUUUUCGUGUUGUUCUAAAAACACACGUGGAUGUUGGUGUUGAUACUCUUGCCAUUUUAAGGACUUCUUGGGCUGGAUUUGGUUUACUCGAGACGAGUAAAGGUUCAAGUGUGGGGGUAUUUGAUAUGCACUAAUUAGUAGUGCAUAAGUGUAUGUUUUUAUGUUUGAUUUGUGUGUAUUGUUUAUCGUUUUAUUUAGUUUAUAAACAUUUGUGUGAUUUUAGUUGUAAUUGUAUUUUAGUUCUCAUUUGUAAGUUGUAAAGUAGAGUUAGGAUUUAUGGUGUUGGAAAGGAAGACUUUGAAUGUGAAGAAAAAUAAUUCUUGGCUGCCCAGGACAAUCAUCCGGUCGGGUGAGGUAUUGCACCCGGUCGGGUGAGAAAUUUAAAUGCGAAACUGCUCAGGAAAUUACAUCACCCGGUCGGGUGAGGUAUUUCACCCGGUCGGGUCCGACUUGACCCGGAACACCAGAACGUGCCGAAGAUCGCCAGAACGUGGAAGAUAUUUGAUUUUGACAUGCACCCGGUCGGGUGGGCACUUUACCUGGUCGGGUACCCGGCCAAAGGUGUUGAAAAACACCUAUAAAUAGCCCCAUUUUCCUUCACAAAAAAAUCAUCCCUUCUUCCAUACUCUUAAGCUCAGUUUAGAAUAGUAUUUCUUUUAUAUUUUUAUAGCAUGUUUAGUCUCCAAAUGAGGAGCUAAACUCUUCC